AUGUUUUUCGGGAAAAAUCGACAAGAAAAAAAGGAAAAUUCCCUUCUAAAUCUUUUAUGUUUGGGGAAGACGAGGGUUUUGUGUAGAUUAUCUUGGAAGACGAGAAGCAUGAAAAACCAUCGUAAUGUGAACGAAAGAAAAGAAAUUAAAAGAGCUGAUGAAAACAAUUUUCUCAUAAAUCCUCCAAAUACGCUUGAAUCAAUUCAUGACGAAUUUCCCAACUCCACCUUAAAAUCGAUUUACUUAACUUUACCACUUUCAAUACCAAAGCUCCCCUAA